UUACAAAGCUGCCCAAAAAACCCCUCGAUCCUCCCCUCAAUCCUCGAUCCUCCUCUUCUCUUCGCCGCCGGCGGGAGGUUCGCUGGCGAUGGCAUCACCCUCAUGUCCUGUUCGGCGGCGCAUCGAAGCAAAGGAGUCGCCGCUGCCGCUGCUAGCCCUCUCGGACGACCUUCUGGAGGAGAUCUUCAUCCGCGUCGGCUCCCCUGCCGACCUCGCCCGCGCGUCCACCGCGUGCGUCGCCUUCCGCCGCCUCAUCGCCGACCCCACCUUCCUCCGCCGCUACCGCUCCCUCCGCUCGCCGAUCUUCCUGGGCGUAAUCUACCAACCCUACCGAUGCUAUCAGUAUCCUCGUUACGACUUCCGAGCUGUCGAGACGCCCCACCCCAAUGCUGAUGUCGCUCAAGCUUUUGGCCGCGCCGCUUACUUCUCUUUCCGCUACAUCCCUCCUCUCCAACGGCACCAGUGGGAUGUCUGCGACGUCCGCGACGGCCGCGUACUCCUUUCCUAUUGCGAUUUUGGAGAUGCCGGCUUUGGCAACCUGGCCGUGUGCGACCCCUUGUCCCGGGAAUACGUGCUUCUGCCUGCCAUAGCUGACGGCCUUCUCGCCUCCGUCCUGCUCGAGGAAAUAUACGAGCUCGAAGAAUUCGAGGCCUCCUUCAUCCCUUCUAGGGACACGGAGGAGACGCCACUCAAAGUGAUGUACAGGGCGCGUAGCGCGACAAAGUCUGUGGUGCUUGUCUUCUCUCCAGACUCCGGCCACUGGAGUAUUGGUACAUGUACCACUUGGGAUUCUCUAAGCCUGAACGUCACACCAGACGACAAGGACACCUUCGUGGUGAGAUCUCCUCCGUCUUGGGCUUACCACUGCUGCUACUGGAGAGUAUACAGGAAGAACAAGCUGCUCAAGCUCGACACGAGAAGAAUGGAGUUCUCCACCAUUGACCUCCCACCUAAAAAUCAUGAGGAUGUGCAGCGUGUCAUUGUGGAGGCAGAGGAAGGCAAGAUUGCCAUGUUCAGCUAUGAUUUUGGUGGCAAAUCUUUGGAUUACUACACCUUUCUGCAGAAUGAUGGUGAGAAGGCCUACGCGUGGCAUUUGAAGAAUACAAUACCAUUGCCCACCGGUUAUAAGAAGUGGGAAAUCGAAGAUGCAGCUGCCGAAGGAUACAUUUUCCUCGUAGGGACUCGAGGACACUAUUCACCAGUUUUUUCACUUGAGAUUAAGACUUUUACUAUGGAGGAGUUCGAUUUGAGUAUUAAGAAUCCCUAUCGUUCUAUCUAUCCAUAUUUUGGUUUCCCACCAUCUAUGUCACCGAGAAGGCUACAAGGAUACGAAGCGGUAAGCUUUUUUUUUAGUUUAUCGUAGUUGUAUAUGCUGACUUUUUGUUAUCCACAGACUUUUAAAAUUAUUAUUGUCUUGUGAAUGAUGCAGGGAUUAUUUACAAUUUUAGCAUACAUGUUAGGCCUGAAAACCUUAUGAUAUACAAUAAUAUUGAUUUUAUUAGGUUCAUCCAGUUCGUUCAAAAAAAAAUAUUAGGUUCAUCCAAGUCUUGUCCCUUGGUUACCACAUAGAGUUUGUUUAUAAUUCUUGUGUUAACAUAAUUUUUCUAGUCUUUCUAGGAAACAUGUUUUUCUAGUAUCUAAGUAAUAAUCUCUACCGCAGCAAAAGUAAAACACAUUAUAAGAAAGAAUUCCUGAUCUUGUUGACGUGUUCACCAUGUAGUGCCAUGUAACAGGACGAUCGGAGAUCAUGUAUCAUAUAUUUUGCGUAUCAUGAAUCAAAGAUAAUUUUGCAUAAUCAAUUUAUUUGCUUGCUGUUUGACAAGAAAUUUAGGCCUUUCAUAUUACAAAUAUAUAGCUGCUACCGCUCUCAGGAAAAGGAAGUGUUAUGCACCUUUGUUUUUUAAUCAAGCUACUUUUGAGCGAUUGAGCUAAACUGUAACCUACGUACAUGCCUACACGGCUACACCCUAGGCAAGUUCUAGGACGGUGGUUUUCAAUUCUAAUUU